UUCAUCAAAGAAUCCAUUCCCAUCCAUUCCCAUUAAAGCAAAACAAGCUUUCUAUCAUGGCUGCUCCUGCUAAUGGCUCAAACGUGGUUACUGCUGACCUGCACGAGCCCCGACGACAUUACAUCCCCAGCAUCUGGGGUCAUUUCUUCCUGAACCACAACCCAUGCACUCAAUCACAGUAUUUGGCAAUGACGGAGAUGGCAAGUAUCAAGAAGGAACGAGUGAGAAAAUCCAUCUUGGCCGCCGGAUCUUCUUCCGAUCUACCUAUGAAGAUGGAGCUUAUCGACACGCUGCAGCGGACUGGUGUGGCCUAUCACUUCGGUAAGGAGAUCCAAGACUUACUUCGUGGAAUACAUGCUGACGAUCAAGGCUCGAGUGACGAUCUGCGCACAACAGCAGCGCGGUUCUACUUGCUGAGGACGCAUGGGUACCACGUCUCACCUGAUGUGUUUUUGAAGUUCAGAGAUGAUCGAGGAAACUUUGUAAGCAAUGAUGCGGACUCGUUGUUGGCACUAUAUAACGCAUCAUAUCUUAGGACUCGUGGGGAAGAAGUGUUGGAUGAUGCUAUUAUCUUCACCAACAGCCGUCUGCAGUGCAUGCUAGAACAUCUAGAACCACAGUUGGCAGAAGAGGUUCGGUGUGCACUGAAAACACCCAUUUUCAGGAGAGUCAAGAGAGUGGAAACUAGACGUUACAUCCCGGUGUACGAGAAAAAGGCUACGCGAGACGAGGACAUAUUGGAGCUUGCUAAGCUUGACUUCAACAUUUUGCAAACAAUCUACUGCAAGGAGUUGAAAACUCUUACGAUUUGGUGGAAAGACCUUAAGUCACAAACAGAUCUACAAUUUGCACGAGACAGAAUAGUGGAGAUGCAUUUUUGGGUACUUGGAGUUGUCUAUGAGCCGCAACAUUCAUAUUCACGUGUAAUUCUCACAAAACUGAACAUAUUUAUAUCAUUAUUUGAUGACUUCUAUGACAACUAUAGUACCACAGAAGAAAGCAAUACCUUCACGGCAGCAAUGGAACGGUGGGAUGAACAAGCCGCUGAGCAAUUACCGGCACACUUGAAGGCAUUAUACAUCAAUAUACUUAACACUACAAAUGAUUUUGAGGAGGAGUUAAAGCGUCAAAAAAAUAAGAAUGCCGAAUUGGUAAAAGAACUGGUAAUCGACGUCGCAAAAUGCUAUCAUGCCGAGGUGAAAUGGCGUGAUGAACACUAUGUACCAACUAGUGUUGAAGAGCAUCUGCAAAUAUCGGUGGGCAGCAGUGCAUGUAUGCACAUAAUAAGCCUUGUAUUAAUUUCAAUGGGAAAUGUGACUACAAAGGAGGUUCUUGAGUGGGCUUUAACAUAUCCAAAAAUAGUAAGAUGUGUAUGCAUAAUUGGGCGCAUUGGCAAUGACAUGGUGUCACAUGAGCGAGAACAAAAAUCAGAGCAUGUGGUAUCCACGGUGCAAACUUGCACAAAAGAGCACAGGAUCACGGUAGCAGAAGCCAAUGCAAAGCUCAGGGUGAUAAUUGAAGAAGCAUGGAUGGACAUUGUCCACGAACGCCUUCACAAUAAUCAUCAAAUGGUGCAUAAAGAGAAGGCAACUGAUCUUGCCCGGACAAUGGAUUUUAUGUUCAAGCGUGAAGAUGCAUACACCCUCGCGUCUAGUCUCAAAGAGACCCUAACUUCACUUUAUGUGAAUUAUGUAUGAACCAUUUCUCUAUUACGAUAAGAUACGGACCUUUUCUAAAAUAUGGUAUGAUAAUAAUAAAUUCUUGCAUAA